AUGGCUGAAGCAGUUCUUGCCGACUACAAUCAUCAGCUUAUGGCUACCAGACUUGAUCGGCUGGUUCUUUUGCUAGAUACAGGCUCGACCGCUUCAGUCAGGUCUACAGCUGCAAAACAACUUGGCCAAGUGCAAAAGCAGCAUCCUGAUGAUCUCUACUAUCUUCUCUCGCGCAUCCUCGUUUACCUCCGCAGCAAGUCAUGGGAAACCCGAGUGGCCGCGGGUGAUGCCAUAAAUGCUGUAGCUUCGGCAGUACCUCAAUGGGAUCCACCAUCACCAACCGCUCACUCUACCUCUGAAGCAUCAGCUGAAUCCGCUGUUGCUGCAACUGAUCUUGAAGAACUUUUACUAGGAUUCAAUAAUUUUGACAUUACAACCGUUGUUGAUCGAGGGGCUGUUCUAGUAGCUAGUUCAGGUGGAGAGUUUGAUGUCGAUCUAAGUGGAAUGGAUCCAAAAGAGCGACUGGUGUUUCAAAAAAAACAAUUACGUGAACGAUUGGGUCUGGCCACCCAAUUUAUGGAUGUCAGUUUUGUUGAAGAAACAGACUUGGGUGGACAAUCUCAUUCUACUGCUCAGACUGAAACCAAACUGUCAAUUACACAGGUUGUGGAGGCGUCAACUAAAAUCAAGCAGAAUCCAGAUGACACACAGGCAUCAGAUCCGUAUGCCGGCUUGAGUGCUCGUGAACGAAAUCGGCUGAAGCGCAAAGCCAAAAUGGUUGCUAAAUCUGGCGGAAAGGAUAGUUCACAAAUGAUGGAUAUAUCAUCAUCUUUGCUUAAAAAAAGACGGAUAGGCGAUAGCGGCCCCAGUGUCAAAAUGGAAGAGGAUAGCGGCCUUGGCUCGUCCACCUUUCAAGACGCGCCAGACUUAUCCACCACUACUAAUGCACAGACAGACACAACAGGAAAGGUAAUUGUGGAGCACAAGGGAGUCGAUGCUGCCACUCUUGGAGUACAUAGUUUUGGAGAUGAAUGGCCUUUUGAAGGUCUUUGUGAACAGCUUUCUCUUGAUCUAUUUUCCCCCGUAUGGGAAUUUCGUCACGGAGCAGCCAUUGGUCUUCGUGAGCUACUCAAAGCACAUGGAAUGGGAUUAGGUCGUAUAGCUGGUUUAUCUCGUGCUGCAAAUGCUGCUAGACAUCGUUCUUGGACCGAAGAUCUUGCUAUUCGUCUCUUGUGUGUACUUGCUCUCGAUCGGUUUGCAGAUUUUGUUGGCGAUCAAGCAGUUUUACCUGUGCGUGAAACAUGUGCUCAAACGCUUGGUGCGCUAAUGCAGUAUGCAGAUUCUGACUUGUGUUUGUUAGUUGUCAACAAAGGGUUUGUGCCUUUGAUUGGCGAGUCGUUUGUUCGUAUGGACGAUUCAAAUACUGCUUUGACAUCCAUUUCAAAUGGCCAAUGGGAGGUUCGUCAUUCAGCACUAAUUGGACUUAAAUUUUGGAUGGCUGUACGCAAAGAUCUGUUGGAUAAAGUCCUUGUCUCGGCUAAUCGUGAAACAGAGCUGUCGCCUGUUUAUGCAGCAAUUUUAAAUGGACUCAAGGAUCACAAUGACGAAGUACGUGCAGUAGCAUCAUCUGCUCUUAUUCCUGUUUCAGAUCUUGUGGUAUCUCUUUUGCCUAUUGAAACUGUUUUUCACACUUUGGUCAUGUCGCUUUGGGAUUCUUUGCAUGAGCUGGAUGACUUGACAUCUGCUACAUCACAUGUGAUGGAUCUUUUGUCCAAUUUGGUAUCCAAGCCACAAAUUGCUGCCAUCAUGCGCAAAGAAGCAGGCAACUUUUUUCAAAGUUUGGUUCCUCAACUAUUUCCCUUUUUCCGUCACGCCAUUACAUCUGUUCGACUAGCCGUGCUGCGAACUUUUACCACCUUGGUUGAGUUAUCUGAGCAAGACACAUUGUCAUCGUCCAUCAACUGGAUCUCGACUGACUUACUCCAACUUGUGUAUCAAAACUUUGUUUUGGAAGAAAAUACAAAAUGCGUGGACAUGUCUUUAGCACUGUGGAUUCGUAUGGCACGGUUGAUACUAAGACAAUUCAAUGGUGACGCUGCAUCGGUUGAACUGGUUAUGGGUGUUGUAGGUGUGCUACCAAACCUGUUUGCUCUUUUAAUGACACCCAUUGGAACUCCCCUGGAUCAGCAGCUGUUUGUUCAAUUCACGUCAUCCAAUAAUCAAAAAAGAAUGCCGUCUGAAUCUGCAACUACUGUUGCUAGCAAAGGUGCAUCAGUAAAGAAUAAAAAAAACCACAAAGUAAAUGCUGCAGAGCAAGCUGCAUCACAGCAACUAAGCGCAAGUCGGGCAAAUGCUCCAAAUAUUUCAUUACACGAUCGUUCCAUGCUGCAGCAGGAUGUUACUGUAGUUUCCUCAGACGCAAUUUUGUAUGGUCGCAUUGCUGGUGCAACUGCUAUUGGGGCCAUGCUGCAUACUUUGUGUAAGGUUUCACUGCCAAAUAUACAUGCUAAAUGUGAUGAGUUGCUUACUGGAUAUAUUGGUAGCGCGUGGGCAGCUCAUCGUAUUUUUGGAAGUAUUGUUGUUCAAGAAUGGGCAGGAGAAUGGCGGCUUCAAAAUCCCACUGAUCUGUCACCACUUGCUUCUCAACCUCUUGCAGUUCGCUUAUGCGAAAUGCUAAACAAGCAAUUGAUUGAUGCCAAUAGUGGCACGUCAUUGCUAUAUCUGGAGUUGAUUCCAUCGCUAAGUGUUGUAUGGCAAGAGUGCUUAAUUCUGUUUCGGAUUGCAAGAGAUUCUGGGCUGGGAAUCGUUCCACCUUUACCACCACUACCUUCAAACACCAAUAAUAGCUAUACCGGGCAGCAGCAACAGUACAUUCAAGCCAAUGGUCCUCUAGGACCAGUUUUCACUCUACAAGUGUGCGAUUACAUUCUGCAGACGUUGUACCCUAUGUUUAUUCAGUCAGUAACGGAUACGGCGCCGUUAGUGGAGCGUCAUAUGCAUAUACAAAAUGCAUUGGGUCUAUUCAAAGGUGCCCAAACCAAACACGAGACGCAGGUACUAGCUGCCAUGGCUUCUGCCGUAGUGUCACUUGGACAACUUCCUCCAAAACUUAAUCCUAUUAUUCGAGCAUUGAUGAAUUCCGUCAAGAUGGAGGAAAAUGUGCAAAUGCAAAGACGCGGCGCCGAGUCAGUGGCAAAAAUGAUCCAAUUGAAUAUCAUUGCGUCUGGAACUGGCAGUGAACAAGGCAAAAGUUCCGGGAUUGUAGACAAAAUUGUCAAGAAUUUGUGCGUGUUUUUAUGCUCAGAUCCAGAUACAGUAGGCGAGUCAAAGGUGCUACGCGAUCGUGAUGGCAUUUUAUCACUUGUUCGACAAUACGGAAACAAAGAUGGUGAAUCUAGUGGAAAUAUUGGCAAGUCUACGGCUGGUCCAGGACGUGGAAGAAAAAAGAAGCUUGCUGGUGGUGCAUCGACUGAAACCAGCGAGACCAUGGACAUUGCCGCUGCAUCUGCUAUUGCUGAGGCUGCAAAAGCUACAGAAGAUGCUGCUCAGCGUCAUUCUAGAAUGGUUGUGUGUCGCGGUGCCGAGGCUGCUCUGGAGGGUCUUUGCAAAUGUUUUGGCGCAGAUGUGUUAACUGCUUUGCCAAAGUUGUGGGAGUUUGUUUCUGUUUCGUUAACAUUUACGCAAUCUCAUCCCCAUACUGCCCAAGUGGCUACAUUUGAACUUGAUCCGGACGAUCCACAAACACAGCCGCUGCUUGAUAGCAUGCAUAUUUUGUCUGUGAUUGUCAAGUACACUCAUGUAGCAGUAAAUCAACAAUUGCUGAAAUUGGCAAUACCUGUUAGUCACUGUUUGCGUGCUUCGCUUUCACUCUGUCGAUAUCUGGCUGCCAAAUGUAUUGCUUCACUGUGUCGUGUAAUUGGCGUGGAGGCUAUCAAGGUGCUUUUGGAUAAAGUUCUUCCUUUUUCAAACGACUUGACAAACGAAUUGAAUCGUCAAGGGGCUGUAGAGUGUAUUCACCAUGUUGUGUAUAACAUGCAAGAUCAUGUUCUUCCAUAUCUUGUGUUUUUGAUUGUCCCACUACUUGGUCGCAUGUCAGAUCCAUCCGAACCCGUCCGGUUCAUCUCCACAAAUGUAUUUGCGCAAUUGGUAAAACUUGCACCGCUGGAAAGUGGAGUUCCAGACACAGAGGGCUUUACACCCGAAAUGACUCGAAACAAACUUGUAGAGCGUAAAUUUAUUGGACAGUUGAUUGGUACAGAAAAAGUGGCCGACUUUGAUCUUCCCGUUAAUAUUCUUGCCGAACUGCGAGAGUAUCAAAAGGAGGGAGUCAGUUGGUUGGCAUUUUUGAACCGAUAUGGUCUUCACGGUAUUCUUUGCGAUGAUAUGGGGCUGGGAAAAACGCUGCAAUCUAUCUGUAUGAUUGCAGCCGAUCAUCAUCAUCGAGCAGAAAAGUUUAAAUUGGCGAAAUCACCGGAUGUAGCACAUUGUCCGUCGCUGAUUGUUUGUCCUGUGUCUCUGACUGGACAUUGGUUUUUUGAGAUCAAGAAAUAUGCACCGUUCUUGAAAUCGUUCAUGUAUACUGGGGACAAGGCUGAGCGAGGUCGGUUGCGGCAGAUAUUGGCCAAGGACGUGCUGAAAGCAAAACAAGAUUUGGCCAAAAAUAGCAGUAGCAAAGACGAUGGCUCUCACGCUAGCGGUUACAUUGACGUGGUGAUUACUUCUUACGAGAUUGUACGGAGCGACAUUGAUGAUUUGUUAGCACAAGGAUUCCAAUUCAACUAUUUAGUGUUGGAUGAAGGUCAUGUAAUCAAGAACCCAAACUCCAAGUUGACAAAAUCAAUCAAACUUCUUCCUGCGCUGCAUCGACUUAUUCUCUCUGGUACACCUAUUCAAAACAAUGUCCUUGAAUUGUGGUCACUGUUUGACUUUCUCAUGCCUGGAUUUUUGGGCACGGAGCAGCAGUUUAAUGACCGAUUUGGCAAACCGAUUCUUGCCUCUCGAGAUGCAAAGGCUAGUAAUAGAGAUCAAGAACGUGGAUCAUUGGCGCUUGAAGCGCUGCAUAAGCAGGUUCUACCUUUCCUUAUGCGUCGUAUGAAGGAAGAUGUGCUGGACGAUCUUCCGCCUAAAAUCAUACAGGAUUAUUACUGCGAUCUUGGGGAUAUACAGCAGAUGCUGUAUGAUGAGUUUUCACAUAGUAAGGUGCGCGAUAGUGUUGCCAACGAUUUAGAGAGCGAGACAAAGAAUCCUAAAGGGAAAUCAGGUGGUGGAGGGGUUGUGCACCAGCAUGUAUUCCAGGCGUUGCAGUAUCUACGCAAGGUAUGCAAUCACCCCUCUUUGGUAUUGACAAAAGACCAUCCGCAAUACCCAAAAGUUGCUGCUAAACUCAAAGCAGAGGGACGAUCUAUCAAUGAUGUUGAGAAUUCGCCAAAGAUUAUGGCGUUGCAGCAGCUUUUGAAAGAUUGUGGAAUUGGAAUGACCAAUGCUUCAAACCAUUCUGAAGGAUCGAGUAGUAUGGUACUAACGGAUUCUGUUGCUGGUACAAGUGCUACGUCACCACAUCGUGUUCUUAUCUUUGCACAAGUUAAGCCCAUGCUGGAUAUAAUUGAAAACGAUUUAUUCAAAAAGCACAUGCCAAGCGUCACGUACAUGCGACUGGAUGGUACCACGGACGGUAUCAAACGACACGAACUUGUUACCAAGUUUAACCAAGAUCCAUCGAUUGAUGUUCUUUUGCUAACCACACACGUUGGUGGACUGGGACUCAAUCUCACGGGAGCCGAUACAGUUAUAUUUGUUGAGCACGAUUGGAAUCCCAUGAAGGAUCUUCAGGCUAUGGACCGAGUCCAUCGAAUUGGACAAAAACGAGUAGUGAAUGUAUACAGAUUAAUUACACGUGGUACUUUGGAAGAGAAGAUUAUGGGAUUACAAAAGUUCAAGCUCAAUCUUGCAUCUUCGGUGAUCAAUCAAGAAAACACUGGAAUUGCCAGUAUGGAUACUUCACAGAUCUUGGACUUGUUCUCGUUAGACGCAGAUGCAAAGGGCGGUAGAGGGGAUACAUAUGGGAAAGCAGGUGAUGCAGGAAGCGGGCCUGUUUCAGCCAAGAAGGCUAUCGAGAAUCUGGAAGGUCUUUGGGAUGAAAGUCAGUAUGACGACAUGCAUGUGGAUGAAUUUCUUAAAGGAUUGCAAUCCAAUUAAAGACUUUGUUUAUUAUAACU